AUGCUAAAUCCCACCCAGACCGUCGCAUGUCAUACAUUAUGGAAGACCCGCAAGUCUUACAAGAUUGCAGAGGAGGGCCAUGUAUUGACUACUGAAAGUGUCCAUAUCGGUGCCAGUGCGAAGCCCAACGGGUUGGAUAAGAAUCUCGGGACCAUGGAUCCACACGUGGCCGCUUGUGAUCCAACGAACCGUGACUUGUUACCAACAGGAGUCAUUCGGUUGUCACAAUCGCAUGAGAAUGUGCAAUGGUGUUCAAAAAACAGUCCCAAGCUGUAUAAGGCUGGCAAAUUUUACAAAGGUUUUACUGAAGACGUUCCACCCCCAAAACAUAUUCAACAACACUGGGAAACGCAGGUCUUCGAACGUCUAGUGCUACACCUUGUCCUAAUAACAGAGAGGCUUUCAAACACAACUCCUACCCUUCGAAUUGAAGAGACAGCGACCGAGGCUGAACUUUGCAUGGCAGGAAGAGGAACGAAAACUUUCUGGCGUACUGAUAAAGAAGAUUUUAUACCUCUCACACCUACAGUUUGGAUCGCAUGUGGAGGCCGCAAAUGCAAGCAGAAAGUUCGCGAGGAGAUUGUCCGAUUGCCGUACUUGAAUCACUUCCUCUCAACACACCAUAUGAGCGCAGCUCAUGUCUCACUGGGAGCACCGCGUCCAGCAACGACGAUGAGUCUUAUAGAACCUGAUCAGAACACGGAGUCAGUCAAAGCUGUGUCUUUUCAUAUUGAGUCAUUGCCCAAUGGCAAGAUGACCUGUGGCGCUAAGGCUAGGUUCACGGUACAUACAUCGCAGGGCAAUCAUGAACAUUACUCCACUAUCGGCGGCGUGAUCAACGUGGAAGGUAAGACGUUCGCAUUGACCACAGCUCAUGGCGUUGCCAGCGAGAUCGCCUACCGCAAUGCCAUUUCGAGGAUCGAUACUGCCAGCGAUGGUACGCGCGAAUCCGAAUCUUCUAGUACAGAUUCGGACAGCGAUGAAGCCGGAAAUUCCGAGGCAAUGGCUCCUCCUGAGGCAUUCCGAGAGAAGAAACAACAAGAUCCUGGGUUAGAUCACGUUAUAUGGAAAGAGAUUCCGUUUCCCAGGACUAUGGCAUACCUUGGCUCGGGCACAAUCACAAGGGAUUGGAAGCUCCCUCAAAGUGCGCCCAUAAACGCGGACUUUGCCCUUUUCGAUGUCGGGUCGUCCAUUCCCGUGCGAAAUCAAGUGUGUAUAGGCAAUGCUACGGUGCGCCUUACAGGACAUCUGCCUCUGAGCAAGCUGUCAGCUGGGAAGGUGCAUAUCAUUACAGGUUGGAACAGUGAGGCUGUGGAGGGAGAGAUGAUGGAUGGAGAAUCUUGCAUCAUCCUCAAAGGUAUCAUUAUGCGUACGAAGAAGAUACGAACAGCUCCACUUCACAGCCAAGGCAUCUCUGGCGCCUGGGUGAUUCGAAACACGGAACUUUGUGGCAUUGUGUAUGCUGCUUAUGACCACAGCCCUUACUUGCACAUGAUCCCUGCUCAUACUGUCUUCUUAGAUAUCUCGAGAAUGCUCAGUGCAUCUCGAGUCGGGACCUAUAUUGAUGGAGGACCGUCGUAUGACAGCAGACCUCAAGUCGAUCUGAAUCUAAUUGUAGGUGCAAAAAGCGUAGGCUGUGGUUCUGAAAUGGCGUCCUCAUCACAUGAGUCCAUCGCUGCCGUUUCGACCUGCGCCAUUCCGCUGUCCACUGAUCGACAUUGGGUGUACCUGAUGCGAAGCAGCAAGACCCAGACCUGGACUUUCCCGUCCUUUUCCUGGGGUCCACGAGCAUCCAACAAACUGCAUAGCCUGUAUGUCGUGGAGCAAGUCAUACGGGACCGGUGGGGUAUGAUUUUGCGAGUUGAGAAAAGACUAGACUGGCGCCUCCAUUUUGGCCGAAGGGCUAGUGGGUACAAGGAAUAUGUCCAAGCAACUUUAUUAGCGUGGGAUGUUCAGCCACGAGGGGCAACAGGAGCAUGGUGUUCGUAUUUGGAGGCUAGGAAGCGUUUGGCGAAGGAGCGGGAAUGGCUGCUGGCAUUGGAAUGUUGCGACAUGGUCCAUGAAUUUUGA